UAGGUUAGGUUAUAUAUAAUUUUUGUUCUUUCAAAACAGUUUACAAAAAGUAACUUGUACUCUAUAAUCGUUCGAGGAAUAUAUUGUUCCAAUUGAUUGAUUUUACCCCUAAAAUACAUUAGGAAUGGAUUCCGAUCAAGUUGAAGAUUUUUUCUCAAACAUCAUGAAAACCGAGCAAGAAACAUCUGCUGGAAUAGCUGCAAUCAGGACUUUGUUAGAGUAUUUAAAACAUGAUAAAUCAAAAACAGUUGUUGAACUUCGAGAGAAUCUAAGGACUGUCAUAGAUGUUAUGACAAACACAGAUUACCCUACAACCGCUGUUGUCUCCGGCUCAGAACUCUUCUUAAGAUUUAUCACCCUGGCAGCUGGCCUCGACAAAGGGUCAUUUGAAGAAUGUAAAGAAAUUAUGAUCAAGAGAGGAAAGGUGUUCCUGAAUAAACUUAUGAAAUCCAGAAGUAGAGUAGCAAAACUGGCUGCUGCCUUCAUCAGUGAUGGGUCUCGUAUUUUAACACAUUCAAGAUCAAGAGUGGUUCUUCAAACAAUGAAAGAAGCAGCCGAAUCACAUAGGAGAUUUGAAGUGUAUGUGACCAAAUCAUCCCCUGAUAGCAGUGGGGACGAGAUGGCUAAGGAGCUAAUGUCUUUGGGAAUUCCUUGUACUGUCAUCCUGGAUUCUGCCAUUGGAUAUGUGAUGGAGCAAGUGGAUAUGGUCAUGGUUGGAGCGGAAGGUGUCAUGGAAAGUGGUGGAAUUGUCAACAAGGUGGGAAGUUUUACAAUGGCUGUGUGCGCAAAAGAAAUGAAGAAGCCCUUCUACGUUUUGACCGAGAGUUUUAAAUUUGCUCGCCAAUUUCCUUUGAACCAGAGGGAUCUUCCUGACCAAUAUAAGUACCGAUCGAGUAUCCUCGGAGGAGAUCUUACCAAGGAACACCCCCUUGUAGACUACACACCGCCCGCCUACAUAACAUUACUCUUUACCGAUCUAGGGAUACUCACACCUUCUGCUGUCAGUGACGAACUGAUAAAACUUUAUUUGUAAUAUUGUACUUUAAGUAUUAAAUUUUAUUUGUUUUGUUAA